UCACACCGCGGGUCUAGGCCCUCCCUAAUCCUGCUGUGGCGACAGAGAGGAUCUCCCCUCACUCCCUGGAUACUUCAGUGCCACACAUCCCGCCUCAGGACUGAUCCAACUCAUCCCGCACAGCCAUGAGCCACUGAUCAAUCCUGACCCACUCUCCCCGUCCGGGCUUUCCGUUUCCAGACUUGUGCGUCAAACCUGGAUUACCCGCUGAUCUUCCUCUGAAUCCCAAAACGCCAGCUGUUUCUAUUGUAGACCUGUGACUGCCCCGUCCCAGUCCACCCACAUUCACUUCCCGCAAAAAGGUUUCCUGACUUUGCCUCCCUCCCCUCUCUCUCUUUCCCUCGGGGUUUUUUUUGCUGUGCUGGUUGGGAGCCAAAGCCAUAGCUGGUCCGUCUCUGAGAAAAAAGGGCCCUUGUUAUGACGGGCGCUGAGACCAAAAAGAUUAUUUUCUCCACAUCUCAUCUACAGUGCACCUGGGCUGUGGCAGGGAGGCUUUUUCCUUGUGCAGGUUUUAAUGGAAGUUCUUGACGAUUGCAAUUUCAAAAGGAUCACUGCUUCCUGAGACUAAAGCAAUUGAUUGAUUCCGGCGCCGUCUGUACUGCCCAUUUGUCUUCACCUGCUGGUCUGAGCUGCCCCGUCUGGAGCGGCAGGCUUUCCCGAUGCCGCAAUGCCCAUCAUCAGCAACGCCAACCAUGACUUCAGCAACCUGUCAGUCAGCGAUGACAGCAGCCUUGACCGCAUCUUCACCGAGAUCCCCGAGACUGAGACUAUCAAGGGUGCAUACUACCAGAGGGCCCAGUUCAUCCGUCGGCCAGAGGACCUGGUGUCCAUCGACCACGGCCUGCUGGCAGUGAUCAACGUAGGGGGGAACCGCUACACCUUCCCCUGGAGCACCCUGGAGCAGUUCCCCCUCACCCGGCUCGGCCGCCUGUGUGGCUGCCGCUCUCCCGAAGACAUCGCCAGCGUCUGCGACGACUACGACGAAGCGCGCAAGGAGUUCUUCUUCGACCGCUCGCCGUCCGCCUUCAGGGUCAUCCUCAACUUCCUGGCGGCGGGGAAGCUCCGCCUCCUGCGGGAGAUGUGCAUCCUGUCCCUGCACGACGAGCUGACCUACUGGGGCGUGGAGAUGGCCUACAUGGAGCGCUGCUGCAAGAGGAAGAUGUACACGCGCAUCGAGGAGGUGCACGAGCACGAGAGGCGCGAGGAGGAGCGCCGGCAGAGGAACGCCAUGCAGCGCGUGCCCGUGGAGGAGACAAAGUACCGAAAGAUGAUGAACCGGCUGAGAGAUAUGGUGGAGAAUCCGCAGUCUGGCUUGCCCGGGAAGAUCUUUGCCUGCAUGUCAGUGCUCAUGGUCGCCGUCACUGUGGUCAGCUUGUGUAUCAGCACCAUGCCAGACCUGAGAGAGGAGGAGGACAGGGGCGAGUGUUCCUCCAAGUGCUACCACAUGUUUAUCAUAGAGACGGUGUGCGUGGGCUGGUUCUCCCUGGAGUUUGUGCUGCGGUUCAUUCAGGCCCGCAGCAAGCUGGAAUUCCUCCGUGGCCCACUCAACAUCAUCGACGCCAUGGCCAUCCUGCCCUACUACGUCUCCUUGGUGGUGGUGGAGGAGGAUCCGGCCCUGGAGCACGAGCGGCCCGGAGGAGGGAAGGGCUACCUGGACAAGCUGGGGCUGGUGCUGAGGAUCCUGCGGGCCUUGAGGAUUCUUUACGUGAUGCGGUUGGCGCGCCACUCUCUGGGCCUGCAGACGCUGGGGCUGACGGUCAGGCGCAGCACCCGCGAGUUCGGCCUCCUCCUGCUCUUCCUCUGCGUGGCCGUCACCCUCUUCUCCCCGCUGGUCCACUUGGCCGAGAGCGAACUCACGGGCGCCCAGGACUUCAGCAGCAUCCCGGCGUCCUACUGGUGGGCCAUUAUCUCCAUGACGACGGUGGGUUACGGCGACAUGGUGCCCAGGUCUAUCCCGGGACAGGUGGUAGCUUUGAGCAGCAUCCUCAGCGGGAUCCUCAUCAUGGCCUUCCCCGCCACCUCCAUCUUCCACAUGUUCUCCCGUUCCUACCAAGAGCUCAAGAUGGAGCACGACCGGCUGUUCAAGGAGGAGUGCGCCGCCGCCGCCGCAGCGUCCGCCGCCGCCACCGCCACCGCCACCACCGGAGAGCUGCAGGAGGUGGGAGGCGAUGGAGGAGGAGGUGGAGGAGGCGUGGAAGAGUUUCCUCCAGCUGGAUUGGGGCUGCCUCUGGACAAGGAUAGUAUGCACUCGCUGGAGUCUCUGGCCCUGCUCGGGAAAGGUGGCGACGCAGCGGGACAUAACAACCACAGCCUACCAGCCGGGGCUUUCUGAAUCGACAACCCACUCACUCUGAUAAAGACUGACUCAGUCUAAGUCUGUGGAAAAGACAUGAACCCUCAUUCAAAUACUGUCACGUAUACCUAUACAGGAUGAAUACUGUAAAGUGACCAUCCCCCAAAGGUGUGCUUUCACACCGUCUCCCCAUGUGGAAAUACAGGACGUGGGCUGCUAUGGAAACAAUGACGUUGCAUGGGUUGGAAAGAGAUUAAUUAAACCCUAUUCCUUUUGCCAUUUGCUUCCAUUAAUACCUGUGAGGAGUGCAAGACUGCAUCUGAAGUGCACAUAAACUGUAUAAGACAGUAAAAGACUUUUUAAAAGUCCUGCAGUUUGGCCAGUCUACUUAAAGUGAUAGCAACCCAUGCGAGUGUAAUACUGGGCAUCCACCGAGUUUGGUCUGUUUAACUCUUUCCCUGCCACAAGAACGAGGAGUGUGUACUGAUCCAA